GUGGGCCUUUUUCCGAAGCUGAGUUCCCUUUCGAGGAGCAGACAGCAGACGGCAUGGACCCUCGGCGGGGAAAGGCGACGCGGAAACUUAAAAAAGCCGAAGCUGCGGCCCCAAAACGCUCGGCGCGCAGUGCGAAGGGCGCCCUGGAGGAGCCCGACAAAUCUCCGCCGGCUUCCGGGGCCGCCCAGUCCUGCAGGGAAAGGUGCAGCCCCGAUGGGAAGUCGGAGUCCCUGCGGCAGAAGAGCGCCCCGGGCCCCCAGGCGAGGCCGCAGGUCGGCGCACUGGGGGCCCGCUCCAAGAAAGCGCCCCUCUGCGCCGGGGACACUCAUCCCUUGGGCGCCGCCACCGCCGUCCCGUUGGAGGGACAGGAGUCUUCUGCGUCUCCAAGGGCGCCCCUUCCCAGGGCGGAAUCUCGCUGCGAAGGGAGGGCGGAAUCCGCUCAUGAGCAGAGAUCCGCGCCCGGGCCUAAGGAGUUGCGGAACCCCGGACCGCUGGUCCGGGCCCCGAGCCUUGGCCGAAGAGAGUCGGCGCCUGGCGCCUGUAAGCUUCGGGCUGUGCUGGAAAAGUUGAGGUUGAGCCGUCAGGAGAUCAUCUCGGCGGCUGAGGUCGUGAACGGGGUCGUGGACCACCUGCUGCGGAGACUGCAAAGCUGCGAGUCCGAGUUCAAAGGCAUCUCACUGCUGCGCACCGGGAGCUACUACGAGCACGUCAAGAUAUCUGCUCCUAAUGAAUUUGAUGUCAUGUUUAAACUGAAUGGCUACAGAAUUCAGCUAGAAGAAUAUGGCAAUAGUGGUGCUUUUUACUUUGUGAAGUUCAAAAGAAAUCCUGGGGGAAAUCCUCUGAAUCAGUUUUUAGAAAAUGAAAUACUGUCUGCUUCUAAAAUGCUGACAAAGUUUAGGAAAAUCAUUAAGGAAGAAAUUAAAAACAUUGAAGGUAUAGAUAUUGUUUUGGAGAGGAAGAAGAGAGGAAGCCCUGCUGUAACACUUCUUAUUAGAAAACCUAAAGAAAUAUCUGUGGAUAUAAUCCUGGCUUUGGAAUCAAAAAGCAGCUGGCCUGCUAGCACCCAAGAAGGCCUGCCCAUCAGUAACUGGCUUGGAACAAAAGUUAGGACUGAUCUAAGACGACAGCCAUAUUACCUUGUACCUAAGCACGCAAAGGAAGGAAAAGAUUUUCAAGAAGAAACAUGGCGUCUGUCCUUCUCUCAUAUUGAAAAGUAUAUUUUGAAUGAUCAUGGACAAACUAAAACAUGCUGUGAAAAUAAUGGAGUGAAAUGUUGCAGGAAAUACUGUUUAAAACUAAUGAAGUAUCUUUUAGAACAGCUGAAAAAAAAGUUUGAAACCCGAAAAGAACUGAACAAAUUCUGUUCUUACCAUGUGAAAACUGCCUUCUUUCAUAUAUGUACCCAGGUCCCAAAUGACAGUCAGUGGCACCCCAAAAACCUGGUCGAGUGCUUUGAUAACUGUGUGACAUACUUUCUUCAUUGCCUCAGGACGGAGCAACUGAGGCAUUAUUUUAUUCCUGGAUUCAAUCUAUUCUCUCCAGACCAAAUUGACAAAAUAAGUAAAGAAUUUCUGUCAAGGCAAAUUGAAUAUGAAAGAAACAAUGGAUUUCCAGUUUUUUGGUGAAUUUUGAAAUUAUGUUUUAAAAAAGGACCCAGAUUAGAGUGACCUUAUAAUAAUUAGAAUGUUUUAAGUUUAUCACUGUGAUGAUGGACUAAGAUGAAUGAAAAUAGUUAUUCAGCUAUCAGUUUAUCUUAAUAAAGUACAAAAGGAAUGAUUAUCGCAGAAAGAGAUUAGUCAAGGAAUAAGAUGCAAAAAUUCUUUCAUGCCUCACACUGUACACAAAAACAAAUUCCAAACAGGUUAAGGACCUAAACAUGCAAAUUAAGCCAUAAAAUUCAUAGAAGAACAAGUGGGACCUGAUAAAAAUUAAAAACUUUUCUCCAACAAAAGACUUAACCAAAAAAGCAAGAAGACAAUCUACUGACUGGGAGAAUAUCAUCGGAAGCCAUAUAU